ACUAUUGUUCUAAACAUUGUAAACCCAAAUCUAUAGUUAUAAUUUUAAGGCAUGUCUACUUUGUCACAAAAUAAUCUGUAAACUUAUCCAAUUUUUGGCAACGUUUUUCAUUGGAUAGUAACUUAAAUUUAAAUAAGUAAAAUAUAACCGUGUUAUAUCCUGAGAAGAUUAAAUGAGGGAUUUUCCGACAAGGCUAUAUUCACCGAGAAGUACGGAAUAGAUGUUCAUCGUCGAAAAUAACCAAGGU